GGAAUAUAAAUAUUAGUAUGGCUCGGUCAUUUUCUUCACCACGCACGCUAUUGUAUCAUCAUCCAACAUGUCGCCAUUAUUCACUCCCCUGAAGGUCGGGCGCAUGACGCUCCAGCAGCGCAUCGCAAUGGCUCCAAUGACUCGCCUGCGUGCUGAUGCCAAACACAUCCCUCUAGCCUCUGUCAAAGAAUACUACCAGCAGCGAGCUGCCGUCCCCGGUACUCUUUUAAUCACCGAAGCCACUGUCAUCAGCCCUCGGCACGGUGGCUAUCCUAAUGUUCCUGGGAUCUACACAGACGAACAUAUCACUGCAUGGAAAGAAGUCACAAAGGCGGUGCACCAAAAAGGUUCAUAUAUCUAUCUUCAACUGUGGGCUCUCGGUCGUGCGGCGAAUCCAGGCUUCCUCGAGCAGCAAGGCCUCAGCCUCAUCUCUAGUAGUGAAGUGCCCAUGAAGAGCACCUUCAGCGAUGAAAUGCACCACCCAAUGCCACUCACUGAGGAGGGAAUCCAGGGUGCUAUUGCCGACUUUGCCGCCGCGGCUCAGAAUGCAAUCAAGGCUGGGUUUGACGGCGUGGAGAUCCAUGGCGCAAACGGAUAUCUCAUUGACCAAUUUCUUCAGGAUGUCUCGAAUAAGCGCAAUGAUGCCUGGGGCGGAGAUAUUGAGAGGCGUUCCAAGUUUGCACUUGAAGUGACCAAAGCAGUGGUGGAAGCUGUCGGACAAGACCGGACAGCAAUUCGACUGAGCCCGUGGAGCCGCUAUCAAGAUAUGCGCAUGGAGGAUCCUGUCCCGCAGUUCACGGACGUUGUUAAGAAAUUGGCGCAGUUAAAGCUGGCUUACUUGCAUCUUUGCGAGUCUGAUGCUAAGGCUGACGGCCAUUUGGGUUGGCUCCUUGAUGCCUACCAGAAUGCGGGUCCAGUCAUCGUUGCUGGAAAUUACAAUGGUGAGACUGCUGCUAAGGCGCUGGAGGAGCAAUAUAAGGGUCACGAUGUUGCCGUUGCCUUUGGACGGCCAUUCAUUGGGAACCCUGACCUUGCUUUCCGUGUCAAAGACGGGAUUCCUUUUGCGCCCUUUGAUCCCAAGACCAUGUAUGCGCAGACUGCGGAGGGGUACACGGAUUACAAGUACAGCAAAGAGUUUGAGGCUGUGACUGCGUCGGCGUAGAUCAGAAUAUGGAUCUAUAACAUAAUAGAUGAUAUGUAUAUAUGUGACAGUUUGUAUCUCUCGCUCUAAGGGUCCUUAUUAU